ACCGGAGGCGGAGGCUACAAGGAGAGCGCCGGUUCCUUACGCAGACCAAGGAGUCUCCCUUCCGAGAUCGGACCUAACUGAGACCUGAGCGGCGGUUUUCUUUUUACGCCUCAACUUUCACUUUACGCACGUUUCUAAACCCGACGGAAUCUCAUCCGUGGGAGGUCUGUUUUCUCAGCCUUUUUACGCAAGAACUGCGUUUUGGAAAAACGUCGAUUCGGGACUUUACGCAGUUUUACAACCACGUUCAACCUCUCCACGGGACAACAGGGGAGAGUGGAUGAGUGUUCGUGCUGGUGUUCAGUGUGUGUGGGGAGAGACUGAGCCAAGGCGACCUUCCACACACAGCCGGGACACGCAGGUGAAACCAGGGGCGUCUUUUUUUGGCACAAACUCAUCCAGGGGCUCAGGGCAGAAGCAGGUCGAUUUUACGCCUGCAGGACCUCACCGAGAUGCGGGGAUUGGUGACGAAGUUGAACCCAAACACCGCUGCGAAGCGCGUGAGACGCUCGCGGGAGUGGAGGUCGGACUGAACCACGGCGGAGCUGCUGUGGAGUCGUGCGUAAAAAGCAGCCGCUCGGACAGGAAGUGAAGUAAUUGUUAUUAAAACCUCAUCCCUCAUUUCCAUAUCUGGUGCGAGGUGGCUGGAGCGCAGCCAAUCACCCGGCGAAGGGCAGCGAGAGUCGUAAAAGCAUCAUCCUCUUCCUCCAUCAUAAUUACACUGACAUGCGCAAUCUGCACUCGGGCAUCAGCACCAGCCGCCGCUCGCCUAUUUCACCGACCCCGCUCCCCCCGGAGGGUCCCAGUCGCUGCUCGUAGAUGCCCCGGCGGAAGGCAGCGGCGAGUCGCACAGAGAGAUCAACAUGUCCCGGCGCAAACAGGCCAAGCCCCAGCACCUCGGGUCCGACGAGGAGGCGACACGCUCCGGACGCGUCUGCAGCGAUGGCAUCACGGGAGGCAUGGAGAGAGAGGAGACGAAUGGAGGCUGCCACAGCAGAGAGGACACGCACAUCUGUGACAAAUGCUGUGCUGAGUUCUUCUCUUGGACGGAACUGAGCGACCAUCAGAAAGUCUGCACUGAGGAUCCGCUGGUGCUGAUAGUUAAGGACAGUGAAGGGACGCCUGCUCCUGAGGAAUCUCCUGCGGGACCCUCUCCGGUUCCGAGCCUUUCGUCCAGUGGCUCGUCCCCAGGAGAGUCCAGCGACGCAGGCUUUGAGCUGGUGAACGACGACAGUCUGGAUCAUUUAGAGGAAAGCAGGGAGCAGGAUGAAGCCAUGGAGCUCGAGCUUUGCCCACAGGACAAAUUCACCUGCAGCCCUCAGCCUCCAGACUCAGUCGAGCCCUCGUCUGCCCAGGUGUCGGCCGCCGACAGCUACAGCAUGCCCGGCACGAAUGUGACGCUGGAGAUCCUUCACAGCACCCGAGUGGCCGUAGCCCAGUUCUCCCAGGGGAUCAACGGCAGCGGUGUGGGAGGGAAGGCAGCCUCGGCGGCCAUCCCGGUGAUCCUGGAGCACCUGCUGGCUCUGCAGCAACAACAGGUCCAUCAGCUGCAGCUUAUUGAGCAGAUCUGCAGCCAGGUGGCCGUCAUGAACAGACAACCAACACAAGCUGCGUUAAACCCAGGCUCCAGGUCCCGGUCUCUGACACAGAAACCCUUCUCCUCUCAAGGCAUCAACCCUCCUCCCAUCCUGGCUCUGUCAGGAUCAACUCCCUCCUCCGUUAAUGGACGGGCGGCGGUUUCUUUGUCAUCCAUGCUUGAAAAGUCACAAAAUAUCCCCCCACUAACUGUGUGUGGGAAGUCCACCUUCAGAGACGUUACAUGUACCUCAGCCUCCUCAGAAACUCCAUCUCUGUCCAGCAGCAGCAGCAGCAUCCCCACGUUACUGCCUCCUUACACAGGCUCACACACCAGCAGCCUCAGCUGCACUCAGACACUGAGCUCUUCCAGUCCACUGUCCCUGGGGCAGAGCAGCCUCCUCAGCUCAUCCUCCAACCUGCCAUUUCUACCUCAGAGCCCCCCCAGCAGUGUAAUCUUCCCCAAUCCGUUGGCGAGCAUCGCUGCCACAGCUAAUGCACUUGACCCCCUUGCAGCCCUGAUGAAGCACAGGAAAGGGAAACUGUCUAGCGUCUCCUUGUUUGAAACGAAGCCCAGCCCGGAGGAACCCUUCUUCAAGCAUAAAUGCAGGUUCUGUGCCAAAGUGUUUGGCAGCGACAGCGCUCUGCAGAUCCACCUGCGCUCGCAUACAGGAGAGCGGCCCUUCAAAUGCAACAUCUGCGGCAAUCGCUUUUCCACUAAAGGGAACUUAAAGGUGCACUUCCAGAGGCAUAAAGAGAAGUAUCCUCAUGUGCAGAUGAACCCCUACCCGGUGCCAGAGUAUCUAGACAACGUGCCAACAAGUUCUGGGAUUCCCUAUGGAAUGUCCCUCCCUCCAGAAAAACCCGUCACCUCAUGGCUUGAUAGCAAACCUGUUGUAGCAACUCUGCCGGCCACCAUGGGUCUUCCGCUGUCCUCCACUAUUACCAGUAUCGGAGGCUCAAAUGACCCUGUAAGUGUAACACCAUCCGUUAGGUCUCCCUACCAGCCAUCUCCUGGUGAAUGUGUGUCUUUGUCACCUAACCACAGAGGCAGCGAGGCUCAUUUCUCUCCUGUUUCAGAGUCUCCACUGUCUAACCUGGAGAAGGAAGCAUCUAAUAUACCGAAAACAGAGGGAGUACACCUGCCUCAGAGCUGCACCCUGAGGCUGAGAGCCACCCCAGUGACAGAAACAACCAGCUCCACAAUCCCAUCUGUGGCCACUACACCCGAACCCGUCACCCCAGCGUCGCCCGACCCCAAUUCCCCGCCACUGUCGCUCAACUCUGAGGAAACUAAAUUCCCUUCACUGGGUCUCUUUGAUUCUAUGCAAACCUCUGAAACCUCAAAGCUUCAGCAGCUGGUGGAGAGUAUCGACAAAAAGAUCACGGACCCCAACCAGUGCGUGCUCUGUCACCGUGUCCUCAGCUGUCAGAGUGCGCUGAAGAUGCACUAUCGCAUUCACACCGGGGAGAGGCCCUUUAAAUGCAAAGUGUGCGGCAGGGCUUUCACCACCAAAGGUAACCUGAAGACGCACAUCGGCGUUCACAGAGAAAAUCCUCCGGUCCUGGUGCAACACUCGUGUCCCAUUUGCCAGAAGAAGUUCACCAACGCCGUUGUUCUUCAGCAGCAUAUCCGCAUGCACAUGGUCGGGCAGAUUCCAGACUCGACCCUCGUGGACGGGCUGCAGGAGAUGGACAGCGACACCUCCAUCAACGGGAAGAACUUUGACAGCCUCAGCAGCAACAGCAAUGACUUUAUUGAUGACAUUUCAAUGGAGGAUGAUAUUGAGGAGGAAGAGGUGGAAAAUAUGAGGGAAGACGGGAGUCCCUCUCGACCGUUGAUCUCUGAUUGCAACUCUCCUCCCAGGUCGUUUGCCAUCGUUUCAAGUUUAGCAGCUCUGGAGAACCAAAUGAGGAUGAUUGACUCGACUGUAAACCUAAACCACUGCUUCAGUAUGAAACCCCUGACAAAUGGUUUUAACGACGGCAGCCAACUGAACAUUAAAUGUACUUUAUCGGAGAAAAGGUUGGGAAACUCCAGCCCGAACGUGUCAGAAUCCUCCUGCUCGCCUCGUGCACCCGAGUCUCCCAUUCGAAGCAACUCAGAGGGAAUGACGAUCAAAUCUCCUGCAGUGAAAAGCCACAGGCCAGAAUCCCAGGAGCCGUUGGCAGCGUCGGUGAAGAGAGAGGAGUCUGAGUCUCCCACCUCUGCAGCGGCUCAGGGGCGGAGAGGAACACAAGCUGGAAAACUGUGUGUGAAAGAAGAGACUCCGUACAGUUUGUCUUUCCAGCUGAGCAGAGACAGAGGUCAGACCCUCCCCAGCCUGGUCACCAGCACAUCAUCAGCCGCCAUAAAAACCGAGGUGAACGGUCACAGUCACCGGAACAACACGCCCGAAGGUCAGCACCCGCCGUUCAGCGUCCACAUCCCCCCGGCUUAUCCGUCCGUCGGCAGCCCAGCGAUGACGUCCCUGCUCGGCCCCGCGCCGCCUCGACGGCCGCCGAAGCAGCACAACUGCAACGCCUGUGGGAAGAACUUCUCGUCAGCCAGCGCUCUGCAGAUUCACGAGCGCACGCACACCGGAGAGAAACCGUUCGUCUGCUCCAUCUGCGGCAGAGCGUUCACCACUAAAGGCAAUCUGAAGGUUCACAUGGGAACUCACAUGUGGAACAACGCACCAGCCCGGAGAGGCAGGCGGCUGUCGGUGGAGAACCCCAUGGCCCUGCUGGGCGGGGAGGCCCUGAAGUUCGGCGAGAUGUUCCAGAAGGACCUGGCAGCUCGGGCCAUGAACGUAGACUCCGGAUUUUGGAACCGCUACGCCACAGCGAUCACCAACAGCCUGGCCAUGAAGAACAACGAGAUCUCGGUGAUCCAGAACAGAGGCCUCUCUCAGCUUCACCCUCUGAGUGCAGGCAUGGACAGAGUGAGCGCCGCAGGAAGCCCCAUAACCAGUCUCACCAAGACGAGCAUGGACAGACAUUUCUCUAUGCUGAUUGAUGACAGCAAAGAAAUUGGAAUAAAUUGAUUUAAAGCUGAGUGGUGAUGAAAUAUGCAAACUGUUAAGGACGUUGAGAUAUUUGUAAAACAUCUUCUUUGUUCUUAUGUAUUAUAUAUAGACUUAAAAAAAAGAACUUUUAUCAAUUGACAGAGAAAUAGUAGGAUAUUCACAUUUUGCAAAUUUACUUUGCAGUCAUUUUGUGGAUGUUUUUUUCUAUACAUUAAGACGCUGUUUAACUCGUACCUGAGAAUUCCUUCGGUGCUUGGACGAGCGGUUGCUCAAAAGAAGGGAACGUGUGUUCAGAUCAAUGAUGCAAAGAGUCUGCUCUCUCUCUCUCUCUCUCUCCUCCGGACAGCUGCCCAAUGCUGCUAGCUGGUGCAAAGCACAAAGUAUGCUCAUGAGUACCCACAAUCCCACACUGCGAUGGUCUGUCGUCAAUGUUAUGGUGAGAGAUUCUUAAACAAACAGUUGGACCGAAUAAAGAAAUAGAACAAA